AUGACAAAAGACGUGACACCGCUCGAGCUUCGUGCCAAAGCGGCAGCGUCGCAGGCCUGCCUCGCGGAUCUAUACGAAUGGGGACGUACCAUUGACCAGGAAGAUCUAGCACACAGAAGAGCAGCAACGGCUGGUACUGCUGCGGCUUUUUGUCCGCCUCGGGAUGCACGAGUAGUCGGUAGCAGGAGUGGCGCCAGUGAUGUGUGUGGAAUUGAGGCUACUACUGACGGAAAGCAAUCGAUUUCUCGUGAUAAUGAAGAGGAUGUAGAGCACGGACAAGCAGACGGAGACGACGGUCAAAGCGUGAAUAGCUCGAGAAGGUUGAACUUGGUGGAAACUAUGCGUGGUGUAUGUCAUGAGGGUACAACGAUCCUGAAGAAGGCUGCUGCAGCGACGUCUAAAAGUCGAGAAGAGCUGGAAAAGGAAGAUGGAAAUGCGCAUUAUAGUUGUGGUGACUACGAGGCUGCGAUCGAGAGCUAUACACGCUGUUUGAGCUGGAACCCGCAUAACGCAGUCGUCUUGUCGAACCGCGCCAUGGCGUACUUGAAGAAGCAAGAGUUUGUCAAUGCUGAAGACGACUGCACGUCGGCAUUGAAAAUAGAUCCGACGCACGUCAAGUCACAUACACGUCGAGGUACAGCACGCAACUCGUUAGGAAAACAUCGACUUGCGCUGCUUGACUUCCACCACGCCGCAACUCUGGACCGAAAAAGCCGUCAAAUUCAAGCACAGCUGCAAUCGACUCGAGAGCUCAUUCGGACAGCAAUCAAGCGAUCUCCAAUGCGCACAGGAUUUGCAAUCGAAGUUGUACACGAGAACGUGUCAAGUCAUGCCAAUAACUUGGCAAAUGCUGCAGACGAGAAGGCACAUCGUGGGUUCCAACAGCUGGCGCGAUUAUCUUCUGGUACAAAACGGAACUCCCCGGUGCCACCCAAAUCGUCCGCCUCGUGCCAGCCUCAGGACGAGACGCUGCGACCGGUGGCAUCUGAACAGAGCGUGACAAAGAGACCGCCUAUUAUGCUCAAGAUACCCAACAAUGCGCCGUCCACUUCAUACGAGUUUAAUCGAGUGUGGAGGACAUUUGCCAUAUGUGGAGAUGCAGAUCAGAAAAGUCAGCGGCUCCAGUUGCGCGCCGAUUAUCUGUGCAUGAUUGAGCCCGCAACACUUUGCAGCGUCUUCAAGACUGCGAUCGAGUCUGACGUUUUGUGUGAAAUCUUUCACGUCUUUCGUCAUAUCUUGCUGUCUUCAUCAGCGAAGAGCUCGUUAGCGCACACUGACGCCGCAUCGUUUGUGCUCGCAUUUGCUAGUAAGCUGACGACAGUGACGCGCUUCGACAUGACGGUCAUGUUUUUGUCUGGUAACGAAAAAGAAGACAUGGUAUGGGUGAUCCGGCAUUUGGAAGCAGAGAUAGGCAACGAUAUCCAAGAGCAUGCAGUGGCAGACCUGAAGAAGCUGUACAAGCUACAGUGA